AUGGCCCAGCAGUCAGUAUUGUCUGCCUCAAGCUCCCUGGUCUACGAACCUGAGCUUGGCGACCACAAACAACCCAACAUCCUGCCGCUUGUUUCCGACCUGCGGUCUAUGAAAUCCCCCCAGUCUUCCCUCGACCGCGUCGCUUCCAGCGGGCUGGAAAAUCUCAAGGUGCCCCCAGCUUUGCAGAGGAAUGAUUCUCGUGAUACCGAUAUAUUCCAGAUUUUCCCCAUGGACGUUGACAACAAUUCCUCCUCAGUCACGACAUACAAUGCAAAGGACAUAGGGAUUGAGCCUGAAAUUCAACGUAGCUCAUCAAUCUCAAUCCCCGGGUCUACAAAGGAGAAUGAACUAUGCGAUCUCGAAAGCCGAUCAUCUCCGACCAAAUUGACUUUGAACGAGCCCACCGUGAGCGCGAUACAUGGCGUUCUUAUUGAACCUAGUCGUACAGAAAGUCUCAAUCGCGAGCUCUCUCAAAAGCCCCCCAAGCCACCAAAGCCGGCUUUCCUCUCUGAGCUCGAAGUUCCUACUUUCACUGUAUCCGAACAUGUUCGCUCAUCUGUGGCUGAUCCCGGAACGACGCGCCAGAGAAGAAAGUCCCUUGGCACAGAUCCUCAGAUGCUAGCACCGCGGCAGGAGACGACAACCUACGUUGUGAAAGAUAGCCCGGAAGUGCCAUGGCCGGCACCGUGUCCGAUUGUCGAUGAGUCACUCUUCCGUCACAACCUCGGAUUACCAGACAGCGCAGCAAGUAACAAUAUUCGGCUCCCUGCCCUUGACGGUCAUCGUCAAACCCUGCCACAUGGACGGCGUUCAAUCGGUGAUUUGCUGGAGACGUAUAUCCGCAAGCCCUUCCGAGCGAUCUGGCUACAGACCAAGGAAAACGAGUGUGCUAUUGUCAGCUUGGCAAAUAAGUUUAAGGUAGUGCUUGCUAACUUCUCCGCCGACUCGGAGACAUUGAUGUUCGUUCGCCUCCUUGCGAUGCCCAAUCUUGACGAAUUCGAUUAG